GAAGCCUCGCAAGAAGCAAAUUAGAGUCUUGCGAUCAUCUCAACAAACAGCAAAUUAAAUAGCUCAUGGCUUGUUCUGUGCUGCUCCAUCUUAUCUUACUAACGGCGUCCGCCUCGGCAUUUCCUGGAACCAAACCAGGGUGUCAAAAAAGUUGUGGAGAAGUUAGCAUCCCAUAUCCGUUUGGUGUCGGAAAUGACACUAACUGUUUCAGAGAUUCAGAAUUUCAGCUCGUCUGCAACAUCUCUUAUCACCCUCCGGUGCUAAUGUAUGGUGACUUUCCUGUUUUAAAUAUAUCGCUGCUGUCUGGAGAGAUGACCCUCCAAACGAAGAUAUCUGAAGACUGUUACUAUGAGAACGGCAAAAAUUCUGCAGAUGACAGUUCGAUAAAAACAUUGAGUGACGCGUUCAGGUUCUCCUAUACCCGGAACAAAUUCACGGCUAUCGGUUGCGACACGAUAGCCUUCAUGUCUGACACAGAACUUGCUACCAUCUUCGGCAGUGGCUGCAUAUCUUGGUGUUUGAACACUGAAAAUGGUGAACGUUCUUGCGAUGGCAAAGGCUGCUGCCAGACGGAGAUCCCAAAAAAUCUCGAGACAUUUUACAUGUCACUUGAUAGCUUUUCCAACUACACGAAUUCCAGGUGGAAGUACACAAGAUGUAGCUACGCCUUCUUAGCCGACAAGGAAUGGUUCAAAUUCUUGGAGUCAGAUAUCUGGAAUUUUAGUAAGAGAAUAGAAAGCAAUUUCGACAAGGUGCCCAGAACACAGGUCGUAGUUGACUGGGCAAUUAGGAACCAGAGCUGCAAAGAAGCACAAAAAGUAGAUCCAGCGAGUUAUGCUUGCAAGGAGAAUAGCCACUGCUCCGAUUCUAGCAAUGGACCUGGUUAUCUUUGCUACUGCAAAUAUGGUUACCAAGGGAACCCAUAUCUUCCCGGCGGAUGCCAAGAUAUUAAUGAAUGCAUUAACAACCCAUGCAAGGGAUUGUGCACAAAUACCCCCGGGAGUUACAAUUGCUCCUGCCCUCCAGGAACACAUGCAAAUGGUACAACCGAUUGCAUCUCUUCUUCCGGCAAAAAAAUUCCGAUGGAACGCUUGAUGUUAGGUAUCUCUUUGGUUCUUUUGUUUCUUGUAAUUGCCAGUUCUUGGAUGUAUUGGGGUAUGCAGAAAAGAAAGCUCACGGAGCUAAAACGGAAAUUCUUUCAACAAAAUGGGGGUUUGCUUCUACAACAGAAGCUUUCUUCACACGAAUGCUCUCUUGAGAGGACUAAGAUUUUUACUUCAGAAGAGCUAAAAGCUGCAACAAAUAACUAUGAAGAAAGUAGAAUCAUUGGCCAAGGUGGUUAUGGUGUUGUUUACAAAGGAAUACUACCAGACAACAAGGUGAUCGCCAUUAAGAAGGCAAAAGUAAUAGAAAGCAGCCAAAUUGAUCAAUUUAUAAAUGAGGUUCUCAUUCUUUCCCAAAUCAAUCAUAGAAAUGUGGUAAAGCUAUUGGGUUGUUGUUUAGAGACUGAACUUCCAUUGCUUGUAUAUGAAUUCAUUAGCAAUGGAACUUUAUUCGAACAUAUCCAUGAUGAACAAUACAAAUGUUCAGUCUCGUGGGCCAACCGUUUAAGGAUUGCUUCAGAAACAGCAGGAGCACUAGCAUAUUUACAUUCUGCAGCUUCCCCACCAAUCAUCCACAGAGAUGUGAAAUCAGCCAAUAUACUUCUGGAUGAGAACAAUAUAGCAAAAGUUUCAGAUUUUGGGGCUUCAAGGUUAGUUCCUUUGGAUCAAGUUCAAUUAACUACAUUAAUACAAGGAACUCUAGGGUAUUUAGAUCCAGAAUAUUUGCUUACAAGCCAACUUACAGAGAAGAGCGACGUUUAUAGCUUUGGAGUUAUUCUUGUAGAGCUAUUAACAGGAAUGAAAGCACUUUCUUUUGAUAGACCAGAAGAAGAGAGAAAUUUGGCCAUGUAUUUCGUUUCUUCAAUGAAAGAGAACCGUAUGAUGGAGAUUUUAGAAGAUCGAGUGGCACAUGAAGGAAAUAUUGAACAACUUCGAGAAGUGGCUCGAUUAGCAAAAAGAUGCUUACAGUUAAAUGGGGAUGAAAGACCUACAAUGAAGGAAGUUGCAAUGGAACUUGAGGGAUUGCGAAGGCUUCAAAUGCACCCAUGGAUUGAACAAAACCCAGAAGAAACUGAAUAUUUGUUAGGAGAUCCAUCAAAAUCUUCCAUUAAUGGUGGCACCGAAUGCGAUGAUAGUUUAAGGAAUGAGGUAAUAUUGUCUUUGGAAGGUGGCAGAUAGUGGCCGAGUGCCUCAAUUGUAGUCUAGAUUAAUGAGAUCCGAUAGGCCUCAAAGAUUUUUUUU